AUGAAAUAGCCCGACAAUUCUAAAUAUGAAGUUGAUAAACUGUACUCCAAAGGUUUAAGGUUAAUGAGCGAUGAAAAUUAUUAGAAAGCAAUUAACACCUUCGAUCAUAUUUUAAGAAUUGAUCCAAAGAAUUUCGAGUCUUUGUGCUAAAGAGGUGAAUGUUUAAGAUCUUUAGAAAAAUAUUCAGCUGCUUAAGAUAGUUUUCAAAAGGCAUUGCUGAUCCAACCAAAUAAUCUAGAAUUAAUACUUAAACAAAGUAUUUCGUAAAAGAAUUCGUUUUAGGUUUAUGCUUAAUAUAAUUGGAAAAAUACCGCAUUAAAAUACGAACCUAAGAAUAUUGACCUUUUAUUCAAUAAAAGUUUAUGUUUAAAGAUGAUGAACAAUUUUGAUAGGGCUUUGAAUUGCUUAAAUGAGGCAAUUAAAAUUGAUAAUAAGAAUAUCAAACUGUUGCUUCACAAAAAACUCGAAAAAUAUGACUAAGCAUGUAUACCAUUAGAUUAAGCCUUAAAAUUGGAGCCUAAGAAUGUUGAAAUAUUAUUGAAUAAGAGUAUCUGCUUAAAGAUGAUGAAAUAGUAUGUUUAGGCUUUAGAGCUUUUAGAUAAAGCACUUUAAUAUUCGCCAGAAAAUGUGAAUUUGAUGCUAAAUAAAUGUAAUUAAAGUUUGAUUUUAGGCUUUUGUUUACAGGCUUUAAAUAAAUAUGAUCAAGCCUCUAAAACAUUGGAUAGAGCCAUAUAAUUAGAACCCAAAAAUUUUGAUGUUUUAUUUAUGAAAGGUUUGUGUCUAAAGAUUCUAAAUGAAGUUGAUAAGGCAAUAUAAUUUUUAGAUAGAGCAUUAGAAAUAUAACCAAAAAAUGUUGAAGUAUUAUUAAAUAAAGGCAUUUGUUUACAAAUGUUAAACAAGUUUGAUCUAGCUUCUAAAGUAUUUGAUAAUGCUAUAACGCAUGAUAACAAAAACAUAGAUUUAUUUAAGAAUAAAGGGAAUUGUUUAAUAUAACUCAAGAAGCAUUCUGAGGCUUUGCAAUAUUUUGAUAAAGCAUUAGCUUUUUAACCACAAAAUGUUGAAAUAUUAAUCAAUAAAUGUUAAUGUUUAAUGAUGAUGGAGAAUUAUUAAUAAGCUUGCUAAUCAAUUAAUUUGGUGUUAAGAAUUGAUUCUAAAAAUAUUCAAAUGUUAUUAAAUAAAAGUAUAUGUUUAAGAAAUCUAAAUUAAAUCAAAGAAGCACUUGAGUAGCUUGAUAUUGUUUUAUCUAUUGAACCUCAGAAUAUCGAGGCUUUGAUAAAUAAAUGUCAAUGUUUAAAAUUAUAAAAAGAAUAUCUUAAAGCCCUGCAACAAUUAGAAAAAGCUUUAUGCAUCGACCCAAAAAAUUUUGACCUUCUUAAGGAUAAGGGUGUUUUGUUAAGAAUAAUCGAAAAAUACGGAGAGGCUUUGCAAUAAUUUAAAUAAGUAGAGAAUAUUUAACCAAAUGAUGUGGAAAUUUUGUUGAAUAAAGGUAAGAAAUUUAAGAAUCAAAGGUAUUUGUUUACUAAAACUAAAUAAAUGUGA